UGUGUGUGUGUGUGUGCUUGCGAAGUUAAGAAGGCCAAGCGGGGGGGAAGAAGACAACCGGUCGUGCCAGAAAUGGCUCGCUUCGGUAAUAAGCUGAGCUCCUUCUCCAUUACUCAGCUGUCGGAGCUACUCGAAGAUGAUGAAAAGCUCAACAAUAUCGUCCUGGAUCUGGAAGAGGUGCAGGAGGUGCAGCAGAAUAAGAAAGCGAUCCUGGUCAGCAACCGGAGCCUGGCUGAGCAGAACCUCAUGCUGCAGCCCAGAUUAGAUCAUCAGAAGAACGAGCUCAUGAAGCGCUACCGGUGCCUGCAGGAACAGUUCGAGGCCUUCCAGCUUCGCAAAUCCACGCUAGACCACAAGUCUGGUGACACAUCCUUGGACACAUUGCUUGCAUUGUUGCAGGCAGAAGGAGCCAAAAUUGAGGAAGAAACAGAGAACAUGGCUGACUCUUUCCUUGAUGGUGCUGUACCCUUGGAUGGUUUUAUUGACGAGUACCAGAGCAAGCGCAAACUGGCUCAUCUGCGGAGGGUGAAGAUCGAGAAGCUGCAGGAACUGGUGCUGAAAUCGCCAGCAGUUGUCCAGAUCCCUCCUCACGUUGAACCAGUCUCCACACCUGCUCCACUCCAGAGAGAGCCCGACAGUACCCCAGUCCCACAGCCCAGACGAGCCCCUCCACUUCCCCCCAUCAAAAAUGUCAGUGCUCAGUCUCCGCCAGCUCCAGUGAUGGCCUACCAUGCUGCCCCUUACCCACCAAUCCCACCCCGAGCGAGACAACCCCAGCCUGGGUAUCCUUCCCUGUGCAUGCCACAGUACCCCCCACCAGUGCCACAGAGAUCUGCCCCUCGGAUGGCUCCUCAACCGGGCUUCAUCUUACAGUGAUCUCCCGACUAUUUCAUCCACUUGGAAAGGAACAAUCUAUGCACAAGAUGUCUAGCUGUGCCUUUCUGAAGGUCCUCCUGCCUCAGAAUAUAGUGCACGGACAUGCUGGAUGUCAGUUUAAAUGGGGGUUGUCUAGACAUUUCUACGAUUUAAAAAAAUGGCCUCAUCAAUGGUACCUUUUGUUUUCAUUCGCACUUUAGACUUUUGUUCUUCAGGCAUUGGGUUCUCGUACAAGAUGUCUGGCUACUUUGCAUUGGUUGUGUUAGGCAUAAAUUCAUUUACUGUUGUUGCUAACACCACGGUAAAAGCCCAAUGGAAAUCAAAUGGUCAAAGAUGCAAGCUGAUAUGGUCAAGCAUUGUGUUUUUCCAUUUGCAUAUCUUGGAAAUUUUAUGUAACCUCUCACCUUUUGUAUCUUAAAACAUUUCAUAUCUGAAAAAAACCUGAUAAUGGUGGUGACUAUAAAACCUAUGCAAACAGAGACCGAACUGUGUAGAGUGAACGUGAGCAAUAAAACCAUUUACAUCCCAGGUUAUGUGCACCAACAUGUAGCCAAAGAUGUAUUUGACUUACCAGAUUCAUUUCUAGUCCUGAUGCUUGACUGAAGUUGAAAGCAGGAGUUUCUAGGUAGAUUAUAAAUAACAAUUAGGAUUAUUAUGGUGCCAGUGGUGUGCAUUGGGCUGAGCACGUUUGCCACUGGUUGAUAAUCCUAGUCACGGACGGACUAACGUUUGAGACAUACCAUCAUCCAGGAUCUGCCAGAUCAGGGGUACUUCACAUUUGCAUGGUUGAAUGGACUCAGCAGUCCUAAUGUUAGUGAGGAAGGACAGAACUGACCUGAUCCAGUGUGAUGGGAGACAGACCAGCAAAAAAUUAAGCAUGGCACAGGUACAGAUUUGGCAAAUUAUGGUGCAUGGUGCAUUCUGGGAUGAAUCACUCACUGUCACUAUAUGUCAGUUUCUUGCACUGUCUGUUAUUGUGUACUAACACUGAAAACCUAACACUUUGACAUGUUCAUUAUUUACCUGUUAAUUAUUAGUAGUGCAAGCUUUCGAUUCCUGGAAAUAAAGGUGGUGUGCAAGUGCUUACUUUAAUCUGAUUACAUUUAGGGACGUUAUUAUUAAACAAAAUAGUAAAUCUAAAGCUUGCAGCCAUACUAGCAUUGAUUUGUUUUAAAAUUGAUAGUUUGUUUCUCAUGGCCGAAAUAGAAAGGAUGGUCCGACACAAUGUAUGUGGAAAUAUUAGCUUCAAAGUUUUCACUGGUUUCUAAAUGUUUACACUGCUUUCUAAAAAUACUGCUGAACCGCUUUCUUUAUAUAUUACAUAUUAAAGAGGAUUAGCAGAAAAGUGUGUGAACAUUGGCACACAUUGUCAUUGGUGUGAACCAGAAAUGUGCAUUUAAAAAAAACAUACAUACCUACAAUAUUUUUUUCAUAAAUUCAGUUGAUUCUAUGAGAUGAAUUAAUGCAGUAAAAAUGUUACAGUGAACUAGUAACCAUGUCCAGUACGUUCUGAUGUUCGGCCAUUCUUUGUCUUGUGAGCUUAACUUCUUACUACCCCAUUCAACUAAAAACUGUCCCGUCCUGCAAAUUUCCCAGUGUACAACUCUACUGUGAAUUUGGCUAACUUGUAGUAGACAUCUAAUUCCUGUAGUGUUGGACACCACUGGUUUCUUCAAACUAGUAAUCCGUAACUAAAGAUGUCUGAAUUACCAGGUCAGGACUUUUGCUCCCAUAUGCCGUAUAAUUACAAGUGUCCUUGUAUGCUGAGAUUAUCAUCCUCAAUGCUGCAUUGUUUUGGUCAACUGGGUGUUGACCUCAUAUAUCCAGACCACAGGUUCCUAACACUGGUCCUGUUCAUCCCUGCUUUUAACACACUUACAUCGACUAAGUAAGGGCUUUUAAUUUGCUAGCUCGGUGUGUUUGAGCAGGAAACCAGGCAAAUGUACAGGGGCCACUCCAAGAUCAUCCUGUGGUACUAUGCUGAAACAUCCUAAUGUGAAUCUGGAUUCAAAGACUUACGUAAUAGAUGUGGUUCUAUAGACCCUUGAUCAGCUGUCUUGACAGGAAUUUGUGCCGUAAGAUGGCGGUUAAAUGCAGGAAUCAAAGUGCCUAGGGGUCUUUAAAUGUUAAACAGCACACUGUUUCAUACUCACAUAGACAGGAGAGAGCAGCUCAGCUUGCGUUUGUGAUUAUGUGCCAUUUGGUUUCUCCAGAGCAACCUGGUUGAAGUUUUUAUAUCAGCACUUAUCACAAUCUUAUUUAAGGUACACAUUAGUGGUCCUAAUCGUAAUGAAAUUACGCCAGCAAUUUUCCCCAGCAUGUGAGUUUUGUACAUUUAUUUUUGGUUGAUGUCUCUAUGUAGAUCUAACAUGGCUGCCUGACCACAGUCAUAUGUACACUCCUAAUGUAAAAUAUACUGAUCGUUGUAUUGUAUUAAAUUGUUGUAUUGUUUCUUUGGGAAAUAGGAAAAGUUGUCUGAUUGACCCAUGUCUAUUUUAAGUAUAAUAAAGAAUAUGGUAAGAAUAAUAUUAGA